AGAACAAUAGGAACAGAAAAUAGAAAUAUAGAAGAAGAAAAACAACAACUACUACUACUACUACUACUACUACUACUACUACUACUACUACUACUACUACUACUACUACUACUACAGCAUGACGUUUCUAUGGGCGUGUCUUCUUCUACUUUCUACAGUUAUAGGGGAGGAGGAGCCGAGCGGACCCCCGGGGAUCGAUUGGGGCCUAUGGUGGACCUACGACGGCAUCUCAGGACCGAAAUUUUGGGGCGUAAUUAACCCUGAGUGGUCCAUGUGCAGGGAAGGCCGGAGACAGUCACCCAUCAGUGUUGACCCAAAGACUCUGCUGUUUGAUCCGAAUUUGACCCCCUUCAGUGUGGACAAGGCGACGGUGAACGGUAAAUUAGUGAACACUGGACAUGGGAUCGAGUGGCGAGCUGCCUUUGACUCCCACGGCCUUGUCAACAUCACCGGGGGUCCUCUCAGCUACACCUACACCCUCUCCCACGCACGCCUUCACUUCGGGGCGCGGGACACACGGGGGAGCGAACACCUGGUGGGAGAGAAGGCGUUCCCAGCAGAGUUACAGCUCUACGGUUACAACUCGCAGCUAUAUAGAAAUUACACACAGGCAGCUGCUCAAGUCUAUGGCAUUGUGGGUAUUGCCUUAUUAAUACAGAUUGGCGAGCACAUGACCCCCGAGUUGAGAGUCCUGCUGGAGGGAGUGCAGGAUAUCACAUACGGAGGCACAUCAGUAGCAGCGGCGUCCCUGGUGGUGCACAGCCUCCUUCCUAACACUGCUCACUACUUGACAUACGAAGGGUCCCUAACUGAGCCAGCCUGCCACGAGUCUGUAACUUGGAUCAUUCCUAACAAACCCAUCUACUUGAACGGAGCCAUGAUGCACAGAUUAAGACAACUAAGACAAGGAACCACACUGGCCAACGCUCCUCUCUCUGACAAUUAUAGGCCAAUUCAAGCUUUCCACCACCGCACUGUUAGGACCAAUAUCUACUUCACCACGGCGGAACAGGGAGAGCGUUGCCACCUACACGAUCCACGAAUUAUCUACAGAGCUGGCUCGUGGCUCGCUUCCUGACUCCACCACCACCACCGCCAUCUUGAAUUUUGUUGAGUCAAAUUAGAAUCUUAAUUAAUUUAUUUUUUAUUUAUUUAUUUAUUUAUUUGUUUGUUUUAAGGUGGAAAUGUUGUUUGUUUGUUUGU